CGCCGCCCUCCCGCCCCGGCCACACACGCACGCCGGCUCCGAGGACUCCAGCCUCGGGUACUGGCCGGGCAAGAUGCGCUCCUCCUUGGCUCCGGGCAUCUGGUUCCUGCGCGCCUUCUCCAGGGACAGCUGGUUCCGAGGCUUCACCCUGGUGCUCACCUUUCUCAUAUACACCUGCUAUCACAUGUCCAGGAAGCCCAUCAGCAUUGUCAAGAGCCGUCUGCACCAGAAUUGCUCGGAGCUCAUCAACCCCGUCAAUGAUACCCAUAAUUUGAAUGACACCACGUGGUGCAGCUGGAGUCCAUUUGACAAAGAUGACUACAAGGAGCUGCUGGGGGCGGUGGACAAUGCGUUCCUCGUGGCCUAUGCCAUUGGCAUGUUUAUCAGUGGAAUUUUUGGGGAGCGGCUCCCCCUCCGUUACUACCUUUCAAGUGGAAUGCUGCUGAGUGGCCUCUUCACCUCCCUCUUUGGCCUGGGAUAUUUCUGGAACAUCCACAUGCUCUGGUACUUUGUGCUCAUCCAGAUUUGCAAUGGACUUGUGCAGACCACAGGCUGGCCGUCCGUGGUGACCUGUGUUGGGAACUGGUUCGGGAAAGGGAAGCGGGGGUUCAUCAUGGGCAUCUGGAACUCACACACGUCUGUGGGCAACAUCCUGGGCUCCCUGAUCGCUGGCGUCUGGGUGAACCACCAGUGGGGCCUGUCCUUCAUCGUGCCUGGCAUCAUCACUGCCGUCGUGGGCGUCAUCACCUUCCUCUUCCUCAUCGAAUACCCAGAAGAUGUGGACUGCACCCCUCCGCAGCACCAUAGUGAACAAGACAAGGACCAGGACAACGUAGAGGAGGCUGGGAAUAGUCCCUAUGGUAACAGAGACAGUAGCGUGGAGACAUCAGCCAGCUAUUCCAAGGAGCCAGGCCCCGAGCCUGCUGCCAUCAGCUUCCUGGGAGCCCUCAAGAUCCCGGGUGUGAUCGAGUUCUCUUUGUGUCUGCUCUUUGCCAAGCUGGUCAGCUACACCUUCCUCUAUUGGCUGCCCCUCUACAUCUUCAACGUGGCUCACUUCAGUGCCAAAGAGGCUGGAGACCUUUCCACGCUAUUUGACGUUGGUGGCAUCAUAGGUGGCAUCAUGGCGGGGCUCAUUUCUGACUACACCAAUGGCAGGGCCACCACUUGCUGUAUCAUGCUGAUCCUGGCCGCCCCCAUGAUGUUCCUGUACAAUUACAUUGGCCAGAAUGGGAUUACCAGCUCCAUAGUGAUGCUCAUUAUCUGUGGGAUCCUGGUCAAUGGCCCCUAUGCACUCAUCACCACGGCUGUCUCCGCCGACUUGGGCACUCACAAGAGCCUCAAGGGCAACGCCAAGGCCCUCUCCACCGUCACAGCCAUCAUCGACGGCACCGGCUCCAUAGGCGCGGCGCUGGGGCCUCUGCUGGCUGGGCUUAUUUCUCCCACGGGCUGGAACAACGUUUUCUACAUGCUCAUCUCUGCUGACAUCCUGGCUUGUUUGCUUCUCUGCCGGCUGGUGUAUAAAGAGAUCGUGGCAUGGAAGGCGGCGCUGGGCAGAAGCAGAGGGUAUAAAGAAAUAUGAGGACUUGAUUGGAAGAGAAGUGUGGCGGGUCCUCACUGGGUCCCCUUCAGGGGCAAGGCAACAGAAACUUCCACUGACAGUGGAGGCAAAACCUCCUGAUCUAACUCCAACCAGCACAGCCCACAGAGCUGCUAAGGGUACAGAAGACUCCCCACUGGAAAAGACCAUGCAUGAAGAAAUACAUGACUUGAGGGCCUGCACUCCAGGAGCUGCAAGCAGAAGGGGUGGGGGUCAGAGCAGAAACUCAUUUUGCUUGCUCCAAUUCCAAGGCAGAAGGGUCAAGGCUUGGCAAGGCCACUUCUUCCUUUCCCUUGUUCAUUUUUUUCCACUUCUGUCAUCAGCUUAUACUACAAGGGUGUAUGUUACUUGUCUCUAAGGUACCUGGCCUCCGUUUUCUCUGUGUGUCUCUCAAGUUGGACACUCCUCUACCUUCCAUUUGCUCUUGUUGCUAAAACUCCCUCAGCCACUUUGAAACACGAUUGCUGCUCUUUUAGGCCAAGACUAGGGUGGGGCAGAGGAGCUUCAUCAGGCACAGAACACCAGCAAGGGGCACUCUUUCUUGGGCUCAUGUGAGUGCUCCCCAACUUGAGUGUCUCCUUGCCUCACCUUAGUCCUUAGCCACCUCAUGCCUCAGUGGGCCACGGCAGGGAGGGGAGGGGGGAAGCAUGACUGAAAAUACCAGUGUAUGCCUGCCAAUGGUUACUGGGUCCCUACUGCAUGCCGGCUCUACUGCAGGAACGGACAACAGACAGACUACAGAAGGACUUACCCCCUGAGCCCAGCGUGUAAGUCUCAUGCUGAGGCCAUGAGACCAGCAGGGAUCAGAAUGCCUCCUGGUUCUCUGGAGCAGCUGCUAAGGUGUAGCUGCCUGGAGCCCUCUGCAGCCUGCCCUGGGCCCAGGGUGCUGGCCCAAGUCCAGUGGUGACACACCUGACUCCUGGCAUUUCUGCCUGACCUCUAGAGCUGCUCAUCAAUACAGAUUUCAUUUGCCAACCGUG